AUGCCUGUAAACAAGGAAAGUAAACGUAUAACUCCGACACCCUCCAAAAUACCUCUUCCAAAAAGACUGAAAACACAGCCAAAACCUGCUCCUACAGAAGCCAAUACUAACAAAAAAAGACAAGAAAAACCUCAGCAGACAGGGGCCGGAAGGAUGGAUGUUUUACGAUCCAAACUAGAAAAUUCUAUGAGUGCAUUCAUGGAGGCCAGGAAAGAGCUGGAGGAAGUUUUGUCAGCAGGGGGCAGCAGUGAACAAGGGCGUCCCGCUGCUGAAGCCGCUGCUGAGCUGAAGCGUGAGCUCCACAGACACAGAGACCUGACUUCCCAUGUAACGCAGCAUUUGAAGGAAAAUCGAGAUCCAAAGACAACCAUGUCAAGAUAA